AUGUACUCUGUUUCUCUUUUCUGAGCUAGUGAGCUCAUUGAAACCAAAACCCUCGAGGACUCGGAUACUAUUCCAGCCUUUAUGAUCUUUUCUAUCUUCUGAGUGUGUUCAGGAGAGUUUAUCUUUGGGCCGGAUAACGAAGCCCAUAAGGCCCAUUGAUGGUGUAGCGACGGUGGAGCAUGUUCAGGGAAGAGAGCAGGUGAUCGGCGAUUGAGCAGGUGAUCGGCGAAUGAGCGAGAGGAGAUCAUGGGAACGAGAGAAGUAUACGAAGAGAAGCUGAGGCGUGGGAAUCUUGAUUAUGAUACGACAAUGAACCCUGGUCUUGGUUCUGCUCGGUGUCCUAGUUGCCUUUCCCUCUUAAACCCUAAUCCAGUGAGCUGUCAAAGUUUGUUUAAGUGUUUUUUUUUAGUUAUGAUGGUGUCUGAAAAAAAAAACAGUUUCUUUUGUUCUUGUCAUCAGGAGAAAGGAGAGUGGACCAUCACUUCAGUUCUGCAUGAUGCUGCUGCUGUGGCUGGUUCUGGUAUUGGUGGCUUGCUUAGUGCCGUCCAUGCUUUCAAUACAUGGAUACCCUAUCUUCAAAAUCGGUUUCCUGGGUCAAAGCGGCUCUCCUUUCUUGUAGGAGUUCCAUUGCUGUUAGGAUAUUCAGGUGCAGGGGCUGCCUUUGGAGGUAACAUGAUCUUCUUUGGUGACUUGCUUCACUUUGUGCCUAAAUGUGCAUUAUCAAUAUAUCCUGCGUUAGUGAUUAAAUGCAUGCCCCAUUGUCCUGAAAUAUUGUGAAAGGGCUGUGUUUUGAACC